GGAACUCAUAUUGUGCAGGACCUUACAUUCUAUGUGGGUCAUGACCUCACAUCUCACCAGGAGAAGAAUGUGGCAAACGUUCUGAAGAUCUCACGAGGACAUUCCAUGCUACCGACAUUUACUAAUGCCCAUGAGUGGUUCCAUUAUGCCUUCUCUAACACAGAAAUUAAAGAUCUCGACUCAUUUCCAAGAAUGCAACGUGCUGGUAUUGAGAGUCCAUCAGAUUAUCGUAAACGUAAAUACAUGGAUUAUAAUCAUGAUUGUGAGAUGAUAUUUGCCUUACCAUCUCUACAAUUACAGCUUAGAACCACACAUCAACAGUCAGAACAGGAACCAGUCGAUGAUGAUCCAAAACCAGUUGUAGAGUGUAGUUUUGUGCCCGAAUUUGAGGACCAUAUUUAUGUUGCCAUGGAUGCAGAAGUUUUCCUAUUCUUACAUGACCUUGUCAUGGCAUAUAUUUCUGAAAAAGAUAAAGGUGCUCGUUCAUCAGUAGCAGGGACAUGUGGCAAGUCGGCAAAGAAAAAGGAAAUAAUUGAUCCAGUAAUCGUGUUACAACAAGACUGGCGAGAAUAUGAAUGUAAAACAUGGCACAUGGAACCAACUGUCAGACUUCUUCACUGGGCCAGUAAGCAGAUAGAUCCUGUUGGUGUGGAUUAUAUUCUUCAGAAGCUUGGUUUUACCCAUGCCAGAGUUACAAUACCUAAAUGGAUGCAGCGAGGUUUCAUGGAUCCGUCUGAUAAAAUUCUUUCCAUGCUUGUUAACAAAAUGAUAGUCAUGUUACGGGAUGCCCCUAAUGCAGAAUCUCCUAAAAAGACUUGAAGUAACAUGAUGAAGUAACAUAAUUAAACAAAAGUGUUUACAUGAUGAUGAGACAUUAUUGUAUUAUGAAGUAACAUGAUUAAACCAAGAUAUGACCACCGGAACUUAUAACAUAAUUGUUCAUCUUUCCAGUGAACCAGUUUAAUUUUAUCUUGGAAUGUUCAUGUGCACGGUGAAGAACCAUAGUUUUAAAGAAAAGCAACAGGAUACCUAAAUAUUUCCUGUAACAAAGAAAUAAUUGUUUAUUUGAUCAGCUUUUUAAGUAGUUUUAUGAUAAAUUGUCCCUAUGAUUAUUGUUCAGUCAUGAAGUAAAGAUAACUUUUGUAAGAAAGAAGUACCAUGAUGUUAUGUGUCAUGUUAGUGAAAUAUAGUUUAUGUGAAUGUAGAUAAAGUGAAUCAUUUGUAAAAUAAACAGACAGUAUAUUUAAUCUCUAUGUUGUAUAUAGAAAAUUUUAAUCUGAAAGUGCUUUUAAACGAUUUUAUUUUGGACAUGUAAAAAGGUAUUGUAUCUCUAAAUUAUAACGAUAUUCAAGGACUGAAUCAAGGAUUUUAUUGAUAUUUUAAGAAACAAAUGUAUUCAGGAAUUAUCAUUCUAGUUAUAAAGAUUUUUCACAUGAUAUAUGACUUAGUAUAACCAGUUAUAAUCUUACAAUUAAUGAACCACAGUACAAUGAUUAUAUAGCAAAUUAAACCAGCUGUGUAUAAUUAUGGAUAAUACAAUUGUCCAAUUAAAAUUGAUAUUACAAUCAUGCAGUAUUAUAAUAUGUAUCUACAAAAUUUGUAUUCAUUAUUUUAAAUUGUCUUUCUGAUAACCCAGUAGUAAACUGGUCUGUGGUGUGACUUGAAUUCCUUUGAACAUGACAUAAUUUUACUAGGUGUUUAUAGGGUGUAGAUGUAUGUAAAUGUAAUAACAUUCUAAUUAGAGAAAUUAUAUGGCAAAAAAACUUAUUAAAAGUUAAUAGAUUUUGAAAUAUGCCUUUUUGGAGAACAUGUUAGAAAAAUAUACAUAUAAAUCAAACAAUCAGGCGUAAUAUUUUUGUUUUACAGCCUUUGUCUUUGACUUUGUACGACGUCCCUCGUAUAAAUCACACAAUUAGGUUUAGAUGAUGUGAUAGAGUAGCUGAGAAUCAUGUUAAUGUACAUGUACUUGUAUGUGAUUGUAAUUGAAUGAUACAUGCAGCUUUUUUGUUUGUUUGUAUUUACUGUUUUCAAAGCAAUCCUCGAACACUUAACAUCAGACAUUUGUUUUCUGUUAAUUCAAAUUAUGUUUUUAUAAGUAGUAUGUUUUUUUUUCACUAUUAUAUUGUUUGUUUUUAAAGAUAAAGAUUGUAAGUGUUGUGGUUUUACCUUAGAUGUUACUUUUCCAUUUGCUCAAUAAAUCAUUAUGUUAUUUCUGCAUAAUAUUCAGUUUCAUACCGUUUAUAACAUGUAGUAAUUAUAUUUAUUGUGUAGGUUAUUUUCGUAUUUUGUUUGUAAUAAGGAAAUUCUAUUUAUAGCAAUUGUAUUUAAAAUAUUUAUUAAGUGUUCCCUGCUUAAUUCUUUCAAUGAAUUUAUUAUGUUUUAAAAUUUGAGCAGUCUGUUUUGGAAUUUAAGGAAUUUCAUUAAAAAAAAAUAAAUAUAAAAAUAGAGUCUGGUAGAUUUUCAGAGGAGGCAUUACACUGUUGACUUACUUAUUUUAAUUUUAAUCAUGAUACCCCUUAUUUGACAAUGGACAGUUCCAGAAAAUGGAAUUUAGACCAGUCCAUUAAAGACUUCAGUCGGAUAAGGGCCGGUGAUUUCUUCUUAAAUAUAGAAAAUGAAAAUCAAUGUUUGAAGUGAAAUUUGCAAUGUUUGUUCUUUCUGUUUUGGGGUUAAAUUAUUGGAAAGUCUAUUAUAAUUUUACAAUUGUAAAUAAAUGGCUAGGCUCUCUUUGUACAUAUGAAAUCUGCAUAUUUUAAAAACUAUAUUCGUAGUUUGGUUGUAUUGUUUUAUUUUAUAUUUUCGUGAUAUUGCAAAUAUCAGAAAUAUGUCCUGGUUUAUAUUCUGAAGUCGAGGAUGGCUGGGGUAACAAGUAUAUACCUGUCAAAGUGCAAUACUGUAUAGAUUUUAAGACUUCUGGUUUUUUGUUCUGUCAUGCUUUAUAUUGGAUUUUUUUUCUGUUUGUUAUAUGAUUCCAUUUGCAUUUAUUAUUACCUCUAAGUAACUUUAUGUUCUGUUGUGUCACAAAUUUUACCAUUUUUUAUAUAUUUUUUUUUGGCUCUUAAAAUUGUCCAACACAAUAUUUCAUUGGAUACCUUGGUCUUGUACAAGGAUUAUAGACAGUGACAUUAAUUUGUAAAGGGUAACUUUAUUCAUUCAAGAUUUAUAUAAAUUAUAAUCAAUUUCUGUAUUUAGCUGCUGCAUUAUCCGCUAGAAGUAAUUUCAAUUUUUCUGAUAAAUUACCAUCUCCCUUGACAAAGGAGCAAAUAAUUAAUUCUCCAGUGAGAACAAAAAUAAUUGCGAAAGAAAAUAAUUGUUUUCCUUGACAAUAUAUACCAAUUAUUUUCUGCCUCAACAAUAGAAUUAAUCAUUGUCUCUCUUUAAAAUACAGUAUUUUAAUAAUCUUACUUAGCAACUGAACGAAAAUCAUUGUCUUCCCUAGCAACACAUUAAAGUAAUUGAUUUAUUAGCAACACAAUAGAUUUAGUGUCUGUCUUAGCAUCACUUAGGAAGAAAGUUAAAUAAUCGUCUCUUAGAAAAGUUGUGCCCAUGGAUGAGUGGUUUAUGUGGUUUACUUCAAACCACUUGCUUCUCAUCUCUGUAGGUCGAAUCCUGCCAGGGACUUUGAAUUUUUUCAUGUGAGGAAGCUAUAUAGCUAAAAAAAACUGUAGCCACACAAUAUAAUUAUUGUCUCUCUUUGUUGCAAAUAAAAAAUGAUGUACGUCCUUAACAAAACAAUGAAAUUAUUGCUUCCUUAGCAACACAGUAUGACCAGAUGGCAAAGGCCCUUGACUUCGAGCCACCUUCCCCUCACUGCUGUGGGUUCAAGUCCCACCAGGGACAUUUGAUUCUUUCAUGAGAUCUCCCUCUACCAGUGUAAAGCUAUAAUGUCGCCACAUGAUUGUGCUAUAAUGUCGCCAUAUGUUUGUUGCAUGUUUAUUUAUUCUUCAUUUAUGUUUCGUACAAGAUCAGUUUAAUAACAAUAUACAAAUGUAAUGGAAAAAAGUAACUGUUAUACUAGUAUAUCACUUUAAAUUAUGUUGUAAUGAUUAUCAAAUAUUACAAGUUGAUUUAAAUACUCGACAGCUUAUACCUUCAUGAUCUAUGUAUGAUUUCCUUGUUAUUGUUGAUGAUAAUAAAGUCAUAUAAUAUAUUGAAAUUCAGAAUAUGUUUUUCUUUCUUUCUUUAUCUUUUAAGCAGCAAUAGAUACAACCAGUGCAAAGCAAGACAGGAGUGUGUUGUCUAAUCAUAAUUUGCCCUGCUGACUAUUCAAUCAGUUGAUAUGUUGAUAUAUCAUGGAAAGAUUACCUACUUCUGGAAAUAUAUAAAGGAAGGAAAAAUGUCACAGUUACACAAUUUAUUACAUACUUAUAGAUGAAAUAUUGAGAAAUAUUGAUGAAUAAAAUGCGUAUUUUUAUUUUCUCUGGUGUCUAGACGGACUUCUUUCUUUUAAUUUCUGCCAGUACACAACAUUUAAUGGAAAGUCUUUAAAAUUGCAAUGUCAGAAAAGAGGAAAAUGUAUAUAAUAAACAGAAAAUUUAAGCUUUUUUCUGUAACCACAUGAUUUAUUUUCAUCUUGUGGCAUGAAAAUUAACAUAUUUCACUUGUGGCUACCGCCACUCAUGAAAUAUUUAUUU